AUGCUCUUCCAUUUGUAUGCUCGCUUCCAUGCUACAAUUAAAGAACGGAAGUCGGAAAUUUGUGCUCAAUUUAACAAUGUAAUCAUUAAUUUUUUAACCCAAAGUUUUAUCAACUCGAAUUUUCAGAAUUAGCAGCACACUCCCAUCCAAACUCCAGAGACGUCUAAAGUUUAUAUGGAAUCUCUCACCGGAGUGGCUGUUUGCCAAGCAUCUUAAAUUGUGGCUCCAUUCGAUUUUUCCGAUGAUGAAAAUCCGCCAAACGCUCAACGGCAUUGAGCGAAUUUGAGCCCCAAUUGGAUGAACCGGAAAGCCCGCCGAAAAUGAACGACAUUAUUGAUUGGAAAACUUGGAAAACGGUUGGUUUUGUUGAUAAAAUAUUCGAAAAGUUCCUGGAUUCUCGAUAACAAACUACAAUUUUUCAGAGAAACUGAAUCUCGUCGUAAUCCCAGUUUUUAUCGUCAUCGUCAAGUAGCCGGGACAGUUGCACCGAAAUCGCCUCUAAUUCAUCAUAUCAUCACACUGGAGAUGGAUGCAAUUCCAAUUUGUGAAUAUAUCUCCGAAUGCGACUCACCGAGCAACAGUUAAAUUGGCCAAAUCAGGAUAAUGUGAUCGACGUGGCCCCACCACCAAACACGCCCACGUGGACUGUGCUAUUCGUCAACUGGACGAUUAUUCAUCACGUAAGAAAAAUAGUUGAAACUUAAUUAAAAACCAUUUUUUGUUUUCAGCGGCUUCAACAAUCACCGACUCCUGCCGCCUCGUGGCCUCGAAACGUGUGAGAGAACAACGGAGAAGUGGACAUACAUCAACCAACCCGUCGCCAUCCGAUUAAUUUUCGAUUUUUUUUUUCAAAUUUUAUUUUAUUUUUUGUAAAAUAAAAAUUUGUAUGAACUAUCAAUUGUUAUUAAUGAACCGCAAAUUCCAAAUAUAUGGCGAAUAACGGGGUGGCAGCUAGCUGGGCAUUCGCGCGUCUUCAUCAUUUACCGGUCCGUUUUUCGCCAGUUCUUCAUCGAAUAGCGGCCCGCGCUUCACCGAAGCCAUGUACCUUUUUCGCGAAAUAG